AUGGUCAAAUCCGGAUUUGUCUCUAUUUUACUGGGAAGUAUAGCCCUUCCAGCAGUUGCCUUUGAUGACUUGGAAGAAAUGCCCGAGUCUUGGUGUUUGACCUACCUAUCGACUUACCUUGUUACUAUAUCGGCCGCUGCAAGCUCACCUACAAAGGGCCAAUUUCCCAGCAUUGAGUCUUCUGCACGCUCAGAUGCUUCUAUUGUUUUCAAUCCCUCGUCAUUAAUCUUCCCAGAAGAAACUUCUUUCGCAACAAUUAUGACAACAAUAGCGAUUGAAUCAGCCCCUCCCUCCUCGACUACGAAUCCCAGUACUGAAAGCGAACCCAUUGUCCUCCGAAUUGUUCGUAAGGCGCCCGACAACAAUCGCAUGCAAAGAAGAGAUGUAGGAGGGUUUAUUGGUACUCCAUCCGAGAUUUGUGACAAUGCAGAAGAGUUCCGCUUGGUUGGUGCACAACUCGUAGCUGGCAACGCCCCCAUAUACUUCAAUGGAGAAGACUAUAAAGUAUUUGGCGCCGGGAAUGGAGAGGUUCCUAGUGGUGCCGUUACUAGAACCUUUUUCCGUGAUGGUGGAAUUCUUCGAUUCCAAAACUCUCGGAUUGUUCCCAAUGGCGAGGCCGGCUUUUGCCAGACCCCUUCAGAUGGCCAGGUUUACAUAACCUUUUCUUCUCAACCCGCUGGGUGUAUUCCAGUCAAUCUUUCUGUUAUUGGAGUCCAGGAUUGCCAAAACGGAGUUGAAAGUUCAAGCGUGAUCGCUACUAAUAGUGAGGCCGAACAGAUCCCAUCUGUUUCAUCUUCUGGACCGAUCAUCUCCGCCUCCUCAUCCUCCGAAAGCAUUACUCCAGAGAUCACAACGCGCCCUGCAGCGGCUGUGACAACACAGCCAAAUGGAGUUGUAACUACACACAACCCCAUUAUAGUGUCCAACCCAUCAAGCACCUUCCAGUGGUCAAACAUCUCGUCUUCUUUCGAGCCACCGCCGAGGACUUCAAAGUCCUCCCUCAUUCAUUUCAGUCCUUCCAUUUUCACAUCUGGUUCAAGUACCUCGGUAGAAGCAGACUCCAGCACUGAGGUUAUUAAGCCAGAGUCCUCCACCACUGAAGGGCUGACCUCGACUGAUGCUCUGCCAGCCUCUGAGAUUGGGACAUCAACCGAGGAAACCAGUACCGAGGUUAUUGAACCAGAGUCCUCCACCACUGAAGGGUUGACCUCGACUGAUGCUCUGCCAACUUCUGAGAUUGAGACAUCAACCGAGGAAACCAGCACCGCAGAUCUUGAACCCACAACUGAAACCGCAAGCAUCGAAACUACUACUACUGACUUAACAACAUUUCCUACUACCCAAGAAACAGCAACAACAGAAGUAACUACAACCCAGGAAACAACAAAAGACACUACAACUGCAGAGACGAUAGUCACUACUACUGAGGGACUGACAGAAAACCCCACCAGCACCAUUCUUACUUCUGCUCUCGACUCAACAACAGAGACCACUACCGAAGCAGCUACGACAACCACUACGGAAUCCUUCGCGCAAAUAGUGUGCCCUUCCAACCCUCAACAGUGCAUCUCUACCUUCCAGAUUCAGUGUGAUACUGUCAUCGGAGGCAUUCCUCUAUCUUCUGGCUCCAGCACUUUAGAUGAGUGUUCUCAAGCCUGUUUUAGAGAUCCAUCUUGUGUUAUCUUUACUCAUUCCGGAACCCAAUGUUUCUCAACUUCUGACCCCUCAAACAAUGCAGGAUCAUUUGCACUUCAAGGCUGGACUAGUGGUAUCAGGGGAAAUUGUUAA